AUGGAUAAGGAAUUAAUAAUUGAUUGCCAAUAAAACAAAGAAACUAUUGGUUUAUAACCUAAUCAAACUCGAAAAGUACAACAUGAUAUCUUUCUUAAAAAGUCGUCUUCUUUUUUACAAAAUCAAUAAUCUAAAUAUGGAAUCAGAUAACCUAUUCAAUUAAAAAACCCCUUACUUAUUAAAUCAUUAUUUUAGCCUAAGAAAUUCUUUAAAAAGAGAGAUUCUUCGAUACCUAUUUGCACACUUAAAACUCUGCCUACAUAACCAUUAUUUUCUUAUUAAACUGAUCGUAUUCAUAGUAGAUGUCCAGCAUUCAAAAAUAUUCGCUUGAAAUCAGGAUUCAAACAAUCAAGACAUAAAACUGAAGAAAAAAUAAGAAUUGAGACAGCACCUGCUAUGUGUAGAAGUCCUGUGGUCUAAAAGGCAUCUUUAUCAAGCCUAUUUAAGACUUAAAUUUAUAAUGA